AUGAGGCCUGCUGGUCCCGUGACCGCCGGAGCCCGCCAGGCUCCCCUGGCCUGCCGGAUUUCAGCGACCAGAGAAAGUGCUGCUGCUGGCUCCAGUUUCCUGUCUCGAGUCAACUUUCAACGUUUGGCUCGACAGGUGGUGGUGGUGGUGGGGAGAACCAUAACAUCUUCUUGGCCACAAGGUUGGUUUUGGAGUCAGAAGGAAAAACUACGUUUAGCAGAAGGAAGAAAGCUUGAUAAACAAGGUGAGGUUGAAGAGCUCACUAAGGAAAUCCAUAAUAGGAAGGAGAAAGAUACAUCUAGCGUAGAAGUACAGACAGAGAACUAUGCUGCGUGGUCACAAGCAGAUUAUUACUACUAUGAAAAUUAUUACAAUCACACUGAUACUCAAGACUCUGCAUCUGAACUGCCAGUGCAGCACAAUCAUGGGGCUGAAGGCACUGACCAUAAUUCCACAGAGGAAUCGCAGACAGGUGCUGAUAUUCCUUUAAGGAUGGAUAGCACCAAAGUUGCUGAAGGUGGAGAAGAGGAAAAUGUCAUUGAGAAUUCACAGGAAGCAGAAGAUACUUCAGUACCAGAGGGUUCUUUGGCAGAGAGCUUGAGAGCUGCUGCAGAAGCUGCUGUUUCACAAACGGGAUUUAUUUAUGAUGAAAAUACAGGAUUGUAUUAUGACCAUAGUACUGGCUUCUACUAUAAUUCGGAAAAUCAGCUGUAUUACGAUCCAGCAACUGGAAUUUAUUAUUACUGUGAUGUGGAAAGUGGCCGAUACCAGUUUCAUUCACGAGUGGAUCUGCAGUCUUAUCAGGCCUCUGGUACUCAGCACACCAAGGAUAGAAAAGGGAAAAAGAAGAGAAAAGAACCAGAGCGGAUUACUGCAAAUGAGUAUAAGGUACGUCAGUUGACAGAAACCAUGGCUAAUCUGAAGAUUUCUUCUUUUGGAUUGGCAGCUUCUGGUGAAGAUGAAGAAAAGAUCUGGCCUCCUUGUAUCAGAGUAAUUGUAAUAAGAUCACCAGUUCUACAGACUGGAUCGCUUUAUAUUAUCACUGCUGUGAAACCUGCUACAAUUGGAAGAGAAAAAGAUGUUGGACACACACUUCAAAUUCCUGAAGUUGGAGUCAGUAAGUUCCAUGCAGAAGUAUAUUUUGACCACGAUUUGCAAAAUUAUGUUCUUGUGGAUCAAGGCAGUCAGAAUGGAACAGUUGUUAAUGGAAAUCAGAUUCUCCAGCCUAAAACAAAAUGUGAUCCCUACAUCUUGGAGCAUGGAGAUGAAGUGAAGAUUGGUGAAACUGUGCUUUCUUUUCAUAUACAUCCUGGCAGUGAUACUUGUGAUGGAUGUGAACCAGGACAAGUGAGAGCACACCUUCGCCUGGACAGGAAAAAGGAAUCUUCUGUUUGCCCAGCACUUAGCAAAGAAGAGAGAGAGUUAGUCAGAAGAAAAGCAUUAAAACAAAUAAGGGUAAAAUAUGGUUUACAGAACACAGAGUAUGAAGACAACAAAGCAGUGAAGAAUCCAAAGUACAAAGAUAGAGCAGGAAAACGCAGAGAGACCAUUGGAAGUGAAGGAACCUUCCAGAGAGAUGAUAGUCCAGCUUCUGUUCAUAUUGAAAUCAGCAACAGCAACAAAGGCCAUAAAAUGUUGGAGAAGAUGGGAUGGAAGAAGGGGGAAGGCUUGGGCAAGGAUGGUGGCGGUAUGAAGGAUCCGAUCCACCUUCAGUUACAUAAGACGCAUGCAGGUUUGGGUGCCAGUAGACCAGCCUCAGUUGAAGAUGUUCAGAUCAUCCAGAGCAAGAAUAAAAAGAACUGGGAUAAAGCAAGAGAAAGGUUUGCUGAAAACUUCCAAGAUCCUAAAUCACAAAGGGAUACACCUAGGAUUACACCUUGGGUUAGAGGGACUGUAGAGUAA